UGACUACAGUACCAACAACAUCAACUGAGGUACCAACAACUACUAAAGCAGGACCCAAAACAACAACAGACACAUCCACAACAGGAGGACAAACAUCUGAAGGACGAAGAACGACAACUGCUGGACUGACAUUAACAGCUGCAGGACCAACAACUUUGACAGCCAAACCUGCAACAUCAACUGCAGGACCAACAACAAUUGUAGGACCAAUGAAAACAGCAAGAUCCACAACAACGACAGAAAAACCUGCAAGAACAACUGCAGGACCAACAAAGACAACUGCUGAACUAACAUCCACAACUGCAGGACCAACAACUAUGAACCAAAAAACUGCAAAAUCGUCUACAGGACCAACAACAACAGGAAGGCCAAACACAAAAACUGCAAGACCAUUCACUUCUACUGCAGAACCCAAAACAACAACUGAAGGACAUACAACAACAACAGCCUCAGAACUAAAAAGUACUAAAGCAGGACCCACACCAACAACAGCAGGACCUACAACGACGACAGCAAAACAUGCAACAUCGUCUUCAGGUACAACAACAACAACAACAACAGGUAGACCCAUCACAAAAACUGCAAGACCUUUCACUCCUAUUGCAGUACCCAAAACAACAACUAAAGGACCAACAAUAACAGCCUCAGAACCUUCAAUUACUAAAGCAGGACCCACAUCAACAACAACCGGACCAAUAACGACAACUGGUGGUCUAACAGAAACCACUGCAGGACCAUCAACAGCUGGACAAAAAAAAAUAACUGCCGAACUUGCUACAACUGCAGGAGCAACAACCACUCCAGAAUCUACAUCCACAACAAAAGCACCCACAUCCACAACAGGAGGACAACCAACUGCAGGAAGUACAAGGCUAUCUGCACGACAAAUAUCAACAAAUGCAAGACCAAAAAGGACAACUGCUGAAGGAACAUCAACAACUGUUGGACCAACCACUAUAACAGGACCAAUAACGACGACUGCUGUACUGACAUCAACAACUGCAGGACCAACAUCCAUGACGGCAAAACCUGCAAGAACAAUGGCAGAUCCAACAACUACAGCUGCUGAACAAACAUCGACAACUGUUGAACAAAAAACAAUUGCGGUACCUGCCACUUCUACUGCAAGGCUAUUAACUACUACUGCAGGAUCCACAACAGCAAAUGCAGUACGACCAACGCCAACUGCAGAACCAGCAUCAAAAGAAGGACCUACCACUGCUACUCCAAGAGCAUUAACUACUAUGUGGGGACACAAAACAACAGCAGGUACAACAGCAACAACUGCAGCACAAACCACGCCAUCGGGUGAACAAACAAGACAAUCUGUGGGACCAAAAACUGCAGUGCCAAAAAUAACAACUGCAGGACCUACCACGACAAUGGUUGAACCAACAGCAACAACUGCUGGAACAAGAGCUACAGAGGCAGCACUCACAACAAAAACUGCAGGACCAAUAAUGACAACUAUUGAACCAACAACAAUAGAAAGUCCUACCAUUGCAACUGCAGAACUAUUAACUACUAUGUCACGACCCAAAACAACUGCAGGAACAACAAAAACUGCAGGACCAACAACAACAACAACAUCUGAACAAAUAACAGCAUCCGCAGUACCAACUACUUCAGUGCUAAAAACAACAACUGCAGGAUCAACAACACGAACUGCAGAACCAGCAACAAAAGAAGGACCUACCAAUGCCACUACAGGACCAUUCAUUUAUCCGGAGGGACACACAGCAACUGAAGGAUUCACAACAAAAAAUGCAGGACCAACAACGACAACUUCUGAACCAACAACUACAAUUAAUGGAACAAGAGCUGUAACUGCAGGAACAUCAACAAAUGCAAAACCAACAAAGGCAACUGUUGAACAAAAAACAAUAGCAGGACCUACCACUACUACUGCAAGACUAUUAACUACUACUACUGCGGUACCCAGAGCAGCAACUGCAGUAUCAAAAACGCCAACUGCAGAACCAACAAAGACAACUGCUGGAACAAGAGCUACAAAUGCAGAACCAGCAACAAAAGAAGGACCCAUCGCUGCUACUGCAGGAAUAUUUACCACAACUGCAGGACCAACAACGCCAACAAUUGAACAAACAACAUCAUCCGCAGGAACAACACCUGCAGGACUCUCAACAAAAACUGCAGUACCAACAACGCCAACUGCAGAACCAGCAACAAAAGAAGGACCCAGCACUGCUACUGCAGGAAUUUUAACCACAACUGCAGUACCAACAAUGCCAUCCACAGAACAAGCAACAAAAGGACCUACCACUGCUACUGUAGAACCAUUAACUACUACAUGGGGACCCGCUGCAACAGCAGAAACAACAAAAACAACUGCAGGACCAACAACAACUGUUGAACAAACGAAACCCUCAAAAGGACCAACAACUGCAGUGCCAAAAACAACUGCAGGAGCAGUAAUGACGACUUCAGAACAAACGACUGCAAUUACUGGAACAAGAGCUACAACUUCAGAACCAACAACGACAACUGUUGAACCAAGAACAACUAAAGGACCUACCACUUCUACCGCAAAACUAUUAACCACUACUGCGGGACCCACAACAACAACACCAAAUGCAGAACGAGCAACAAAAGAAGGACCUAGCAAUGCUACUGCAGGACCAUCAACAUCUACGUGGGGACCCAAAACAACACUAAAAACAACAAAAACAACUGCAGGACCAACAACUCCAGCUGUUGAACAAACGACAGCAUCCACAGGACCAACAACUGCAGUACCAAUUACGCCAACUGUUGAACCAACAACAACAACUGCUGGAACAAGAGCUACAACUACAGGACCAAUAACGACAACUUCUGAACCAAUAACUUCAAUUGCUGGGACAAGAGCUACAACUGCAGGAACAACAACAACUGCAGGACCAACGACAACUGUUGAACCAAAAACAAUUGCAGGACCUACCACUUCUACUGCAAGACUAUUAACUAAAAGUGCGGGACCCAGAACAACACCUGCAUCACAUAUGACACCAACUGCAGAACCAACAACAAAAGAAGGAUAUACCACUGCAGGACGAUUAACUACUACGGGGGGAACAACAACAACUGAAAGUCUCACAACAAAAACUGUAGGAGCAACAACUCCAACUGUUGAACAAACAAAACCAUCCAAAGGACCAACAACUGCAGUGCCAAAAACAACAACUGCAGGGCCAACAACGCUAACUGUUGAACCAACAACAACAACUGCUGGAACAAUAGCUGCAACUGCAGGACAAGCAACAAAAGCUGCAGGACCACUAACGACAACUUCUGAACCAACAACCUCAUUUGCUGGAACAAGAGCUACAACUUCUACUGCAAGACUAAUAACUAAAAGUGCGGGACCCAAAACAACAACUGCAAGACCAACAACGCCAACUCUAGAGCCAACAAAAAAAGAAGGAUCCAGCACUGCUACUACAGGAACAUUAACAAAUAUGUGGGGACCCAUAACGACUGUAGAAACAACAAAACCAAGUGCUGAACAAACGCCACCAUCCGCAGGAACAAGUACUGCAGCGCCAAAAACAACAACUGCAGGAGCAGUAAUGACAACUUCAGAAGAAACAACUGCAAUUACUGGAACAAGAGCUACAACUGCAGAACCAACAACGACAACUGUUGUACCAAGAACAAUUGCAGGACCUACAACUUCUACUGCAAAUCUAUUAACUACUACUGCGGGACCCACAACAACAACACCAACUGCAGAAACAGCAAGAAAAGAAGGACCUAGCAAUGCUACUGCAGGACCAUCAACAUCUACGUGGGGACCCAAAACAACACUAGAAACAACAAAAACAACUGCAGGACCAACUACGCCAGCUGUUGAACAAACGACAGCAACCACAGGACCAACAACUGCAGUACCAAUCACGGCAACUGUUGAACCAACAACAACAACUGCUGGAACAAGAGUUACAACUGCCGGACCAAUAACGCCAACUGUUGAACCAACAAAAACAACUGUAGGAACAUCAACAACUGCAGGACCAACGACAACUGUUGAACCAAAAACAAUUGCAGGACCUAACACUUCUACUGCAAGACUAUUAACUAAAAGUGCGGGACCCACAACAACACCUGCAGCACAUACAACACCAACUGCAGAACCAACAACAAAUGAAGGAUAUACCACUGCAGGACGAUUAACUACUACGGAGGGAACAACAACAACUGAAAGUCUCAAAACAAAAACUGUAGGAGCAACAACUCCAACUGUUGAACAAACAAAACCAUCAAAAGGACCAACAACUGCAGUGCCAAAAACAACAACUGCAGGACCAAAAACGUCAACGUCUGAACGAACAACUACAAUUGCUGGAACAAGAGCUACAACGGAAGGCACAUCAACAACUGCAAUACCAACAACGACAACUGUUGAACAAAAAAAAAUUGCAGGACCUGCCACUACUACUGCAAGACAAUUAACUACUACGGCGGGACUCACAACAGCAAAUGCUGUACGACCAACGCCAACUGUGGAACCAACAACAACAACUGUUGGAAUAAGAGCUGCAACUGCAGGACCCUCAACAAAAACUGCAGUACCAACAACGCCAACUGCAGAACCAGCAACAACAGAAGGACCCAGCCUUGCUACUGCUGGACAAUUGACCACAACAACAGGACCAACAACGCCAACUGAUGAGCAAACAACACCAUCUGCAGGACCAACACCUGCAGUGCCAAAAACUACAAUUGCACUACCAAUAACGAGAACUUCUGACCCAACAACCUCAAUUUCUGGAACAAGAACUAAAACUGCAGGAACAUCAACAACUGCAGGACCAAAAAAUAAAACUUCUGAACCAACAACCUCAAUCGAUGGAAGAAGAGCAACAACGUCAGAAACAUCAACAAUUGCAAGGCCGACAACAACUGUUGAAACAACAACAAUUACAGGACCUACCACUUCUCCUGCAAGACAAUUAACAACUACUGCGGGACCCUCAACAACAACUGCAGGACCAACAACGACAACUUCUGAAACAACAACUUCAAUUGCCGGACUCCCAACUAAAUCUGCAGUACCAACAAUGCCAUCUACAGAACCAGCAACAAAAGAAGGACCAACCACUGCUACUGCAGAACCAUUAACUACUAUGUUGGGACCCACUACAACAGCGGGAACAACAACAACUGCAGGACCAACAACUCCAACUGUCGAACAAAUAAAACCAUCCACAGGACCAACAACUGCAGUGCCAAAAACAACAACUGCAGGACCAACAACGACAACUUCUGAACCAACAACCCCAAUUGCUGGAACAAGAGCUACACCUGCAGUACUCACAACAACUGUAGCACCAACACCACCAACUGCAGAACCAACAACAAAAGAAGGACUUACCACUGCUACUGCAGGACCAUUAACUAAUACCGGGGGAUCCACAACAACUGAAGGACUCACAACAAAAACUGCAGGACCAAAAACGUCAACGUCUGAACGCACAACUACAAUUGCUGGAACAAGAGCUACAACGGAAGGAACAUCAACAACUGCAAUAACAAUAACGACAACUGUUGAACAAAAAACUAUUUCAGGACCUGCCACUACUACUGCAAGACAAUUAACUACUACUGCGGGACUCACAACAGCAAUUGCAGUACGACCAGCGCCAACUGUGGAACCAACAACAACAACUGCAACUGCAGGACUCUCAACAAAAACUGCUGGACAAUUAACCACAACAGCAGGACGAACAACGCCAACUGAUGAGCAUACAACACCAUCUGCAGGACCAACACCUGCAGUGCCAAAAACAACAAUUGCAGUACCAAUAACGACAACUUCUGACCCAACAACCUCAAUUUCUGGAACAAGAACUAAAACUGCAGGAACAUCAACAACUGCAGAACCAACAACAAAAGAAGGACAAACCACUGCUACUGCAGGACCAUUAACUAAUACCGGGGGAUCCACAACAACUGAAGGACUCACAACAAAAACUGCAGGACCAAAAACUUCAACGUCUGAACUCACAACUACGAUUGCUGGAACAAGAGCUACAACGGAAGGAACAUCAACAACUGCAAUACCAACAACGACAACUGCUGAACAAAAAACAAUUGCAGGACCUGCCACUACUACUGCAAGACAAUUAACUACUACUGCGGGACUCACAACAGCAAAUGCAGUACUACCAACGCCAACUGUGGAACCAACAACAACUGCUGGAAUAGGAGCUGCAAAUGCAGGACUUUCAACAAAAACUGCAGUACUACCAACGCCAACUGCAGAACCAGCAACAACAGAAGGAACCAGCACUGCUACUGCAGGACAAUUGACCACAACUUUAGGACGAACCAUGCCAUCUGUUGAACAAACAAAACAAUCGCUGGGACCAAAAACUGCAGUGCAAAAAAUAACAACUGCAGGACCUACCACGCCAACGGUUGAACCAAUAACAACUGCUGGAAGAAGAGCUACAGAGGCAGCACUCACAACAAAAACUGCAGGACCAAUAAUGACAACUACUGAACCAACAUCACAAGAAAGACCUACCACUGCAACUGGAGAACCACUAACUACUAUGUGGCGACCCAAAACAACUGCAGGAACAACAAAUAUUGCGGGACUAACAACUACAACUUCUGAACAAACAACAGCAUCCGCAGUACCAACUACUGCAGUGCCAAACACAACAACUGCAGGAUCAAUAACAACUGCAGGACCAACAACGCCAACUGCAGAACCAGCAACAAAAGAAGAACCUACCAAUACUACUGCAGGACCGUUAACCAAUACAAGGGGACCCACAACAACUGUAGAACUCACAACAAAAGCUGCAGGACCAACAACGACAACUUCUGAACCAACAACAACAAUUAAUGGAACAAGAGGUACAACUGCAGGAACAUCAACUACUGCAAAACCAACAACGACAACUUUUGAACCAAAAAAAACAACUGCUGGAACAAGAGCUUCAACUGCAGAACUGUCAUCAAAAACUGCCACAACUGCAGGAAACACAACAACAACUGCAGGAUCAAAAACGCCAACUGUUGAACAAACAACACCAUCCGCAGGACCUACGACUGCAGUCCUAAAAACAACAAUUGCCGUAUCAUUUAAGCCAACUGUUGAACCAACAACAACAACUGCUGGAAGAAGAGCUACAACUGCAGGACCCGCAACAAAAACUGCAGGACCAAUAACGACAACUUCUGAACCAACAACCUCAAUUGCUGUAAAAAGUGCUACAACUGCAGGAACCUCAACAACUGCAGGACCAAUGACAACUGUUGAACCAAAAACAAUUGCAGGACCUACUACUUCUACUGCAAGACUAUUAACUAAAAGUGCGGAACUCACAACAACACCUGCAGCACCUACAACACCAUAUGCAGAACCAACAACAAGAGAAGGACAUACCACUUCUACUGCAGGACCAUUAACUACUACGGGGGGAACCACAAAAACUGAAAGACUCAGAACAAAAAGUGUAGGACCAACAACGACAACUUCUGAACAAAGAACUAUAAAGGCUGGAACAAGAGUUACAACUGCAGGAUCAACAAGAACUACAGGACCAACAACACCAACUGCUAAAAAAAUAACACCAUCCGCAGGACCAACUACUGCAGUGCCAAAAACAACAAAUGCAGGAGUUAUAACAAUGGCCGAACCAACAACACCAAUUAUUGAACCAAAAACAACAAUUGCAGGAACAAUAGCUACAACUGUAGUACUCACAACUGCAGCACCAGCACCACGAACUGCAGGAUCAACAACAAAAGAAGGAACUACCACUGCUACUGCAGGACCAUUAACUAAUACCGGGGGACCCAAAACAACUGAAGGACUCACAACAAAAACUGCAGGACUAAAAACGACGACUUCUGAACCAAAAAAUACGAUUAAUGGAACAAGUGCUACAACUGCAGGAACAUCAACAACUGCAAAACCAACGACUACAACUGUUGAGGCAAAAACAAUACCAGGACCUACCACUACUACUGCAAGACUAUUAACUAUUACUGUGGGAUUCACAACAGCAAAUGCAGUACGACCGAUGCCAACUGUGGAACCAAAAACAACAACUGCAGGAACAAGAGCUACAACUGCAGGACUCUCAACAAAAACUGCAGUACCAACAAUGCCAACUGCAGAACCAGCAAUAACAGAAGGACCCAGCACUGCUACUGCAGGACAAUUAACCACAACUGCAGGACAAACCACGCCAUCUGUUGAACAAACAAAACAAUCUGUGGGACCAAAAACUGCAGUGCAAAAAAUAACAACUGCAGGACCAAUAACGACAACUUCUGAACCAAUAACCUCAAUUGCUGUAACAAGUGCUACAACUGCAAGAACCUCAACAACUGCAGGACCAAAGACAACUGUUGAACCAAAAACAAUUGCAGGACCUACUACUACUGCAAGACUAUUAAGUAAAAGUGUGGGACCCACAACAAAUGCAGCACCUACAACACCAACUGCAGAACAAACAACAAGUGAAGGACAUACCACUUCUACUGCAGGACCAUUAACUGCUACGGGCGGAUCCACAACAACUGAAGGACUCACAACAAAAACUGCAGUACCAACAACGUCAACUUCUGAACCCACAACUACAAUCGCUGGAACAAGAGCUACAACGGAAGGAACAUCAACAACCGCAAUACCAACAACGACAACUAUUGAACCAAAAACAAUUGCAGGACCUGCCACUACUACUGCAAGACUAUUCACUACUACUGCGGGAUCCACAUCUGCAAAUGCAGUACGAACAAUGCCACCUUUGGAACCAACAACAACAACUGCUGGAACAAGAGCUACAACUGCAGGACGCUCAACAAAAACUGCAGUACCAACAACGCCAACUGCAGAACCAGCAACAACAGAAGGACCCAGCACUGCUACUGCAGGACAAUUAACCACAACUGCAGGAAAAACCAUGCCAUCUGUUGAACAAACAAAACAAUCUCUGGGACCAAAAACUGCACUGCAAAAAAUAACAACUGCAGGACCUACCACGCCAACGGUAGAACCAAUAACAACUGCUGGAACAAGAGCUACAGAGACAGCACUCACAACCAAAACUGCAGGACCAAUAAUGGCAACAACUGAACCAACAUCAAAAGAAAGACCUACGACUGCAACUGCAGAACCAUUAACUACUAUGUUGCGACCCAAAACAACUGCAGGAACAACAACAAUUGCAGGACCACCAAUGUCACCUUCUGAACCCACAACUACAAUUGCUGGAACAAGAGCUACAACGGAAGGAACAUCAACAACUGCAAUACCAACAACGACAACUAUUGAACCAAAAACAAUUGCAGGACCUGCCACUACUACUGCAAGACUAUCAACUACUACUACUACGGGAUCCACAACAGCAAAUGCAGUACGACCAAUGCCAACUGUGGAAACACCAACAACAACUGCUGGAACAAGAGCUAAAACUGCAGGACUCUCAACAAAAACUGCAGUACCAACAACGCCAACUGCAGAACCAGCAACAACAGAAGGAACCAGCACUGCUACUGCAGGACAAUUGACCACAACUUUAGGACGAACCAUGCCAUCUGUUGAACAAACAAAACAAUCGCUGGGACCAAAAACUGCAGUGCAAAAAAUAACAACUGCAGGACCUACCACGCCAACGGUUGAACCAAUAACAACUGCUGGAAGAAGAGCUACAGAGGCAGCACUCACAACAAAAACUGCAGGACCAAUAAUGACAACUACUGAACCAACAUCAAAAGAAAGACCUACCACUGCAACUGGAGAACCAUUAACUACUAUGUGGCGACCCAAAACAACUGCAGGAACAACAAAUAUUGUGGGACUAACAACUACAACUUCUGAACAAACAACAGCAUCCGCAGUACCAACUACUGCAGUGCCAAACACAACAACUGCAGGAUCAAUAACAACUGCAGGACCAACAACGCCAACUGCAGAACCAGCAACAAAAGAAGAACCUACCAAUGCUACUGCAGGACCGUUAACCAAUACAGGGGGACCCACAACAACUGUAGAACUCACAACAAAAGCUGCAAAACCAACAACGACAACUUUUGAACCAAAAAAAACAACUGCUGGAACAAGAGCUUCAACUGCAGAACUGUCAUCAAAAACUGCCACAACUGCAGGGAACACAACAACAACUGUAGGAUCAACAACGCCAACUGUUGAACAAACAACACCAUCCGCAGGACCUACGAAUGCAGUCCUAAAAACAACAAUUGCAGAAUCAUUUAAGCCAACUGUUGAACCAACAACAACAACUGCUGGAAGAAGACCUACAACUGCAGGACCCGCAACAAAAACUGCAGGACCAAUAAUGACAACUUCUGAACCAACAACCUCAAUUGCUGUAAAAAGUGCUACAACUGCAGGAACCUCAACAACUGCAGGACCAAUGAGAACUGUUGAACCAAAAACUAUUGCAGGACCUACUACUUCUACUGCAAGACUAUUAACUAAAAGUGCGGAACUCACAACAACACCUGCAGCACCUACAACACCAAAUGCAGAACCAACGACAAGAGAAGGACAUAUCACUUCUACUUCAGGACCAUUAACUACUACGGGGGGAACCACAACAACUGAAAGACUCACAACAAAAAGUGAAGGACCAACAACGACAACUUCUGAACAAAGAACUAUAAAGGCUGGAACAAGAGUUACAACUGCAGGAUCAACAAGAACUACAGGACCAACAACGCCAACUGGACCAACUACUGCAGUGCCAAAAACAACAAAUGCAGGAGUUAUAACAAUGGCCGGACGAACAACACCAAUUAUUGAACCAAAAACAACAAUUGCAGGAACAAUAGCUACAACUGCAGUACUCACAACAACUGCAGCACCAACACCACCAACUGCAGGAUCAACAACAAAAGAAGGACCUACCACUGCUACUGCAGGACCAUUAACUAAUACCGGGGGACCCAAAACAACUGAAGGACUCACAAAAAAAACUGCAGGACUAAAAACGACGACUUCUGAACCAAAAACUACAAUGAAUGGAACAAGUGCUACAACUGCAGGAACAUCAACAACUGCAAAACCAUCGACUACAACUGUUGAGGCAAAAACAAUACCAGGACCUACCACUACUACUGCAAGACUAUUAACUAUUACUGUGGGAUUCACAACAGCAAAUGCAGUACGACCGAUGCCAACUGUGGAACCAAAAACAACAACUGCAGGAACAAGAGCUACAACUGAAGGACUCUCAACAAAAACUGCAGUACCAACAAUGCCAACUGCAGAACCAGCAACAACAGAGGGACCCAGCACUGCUACUGCAGGACAAUUAACCACAACUGCAGGACAAACCAUGCCAUCUGUUGAACAAACAAAACAAUCUGUGGGACCAAAAACUGCAGUGCAAAAAAUAACAACUGCAGGACCAAUAACGACAACUUCUGAACCAAUAACCUCAAUUGCUGUAACAAGUGCUACAACUGCAAGAACCUCAACAACUGCAGGACCAAAGACAACUGUUGAACCAAAAACAAUUGCAGGACCUACUACUACUGCAAGACUAUUAAGUAAAAGUGUGGGACCCACAACAAAUGCAGCACCUACAACACCAACUGCAGAACAAACAACAAGUGAAGGACAUACCACUUCUACUGCAGGACCAUUAACUGCUACGGGCGGAUCCACAACAACUGAAGGACUCACAACAAAAACUGCAGUACCAACAACGUCAACUUCUGAACCCACAACUACAAUCGCUGGAACAAGAGCUACAACGGAAGGAACAUCAACAACCGCAAUACCAACAACGACAACUAUUGAACCAAAAACAAUUGCAGGACCUGCCACUACUACUGCAAGACUAUUCACUACUACUGCGGGAUCCACAUCUGCAAAUGCAGUACGAACAAUGCCACCUUUGGAACCAACAACAACAACUGCUGGAACAAGAGCUACAACUGCAGGACGCUCAACAAAAACUGCAGUACCAGCAACAACAGAAGGACCCAGCACUGCUACUGCAGGACAAUUAACCACAACUGCAGGAAAAACCAUGCCAUCUGUUGAACAAACAACCCCAUUCGCAGGACCUACGACUGCAGUCCUAACAACUGCUGGAACAAGAGCUUCAACUGCAGAACUGUCAUCAAAAACUGCCACAACUGCGGGAAACACAACAACUGCAGGAUCAACAACGCCAACUGUUGAACAAACAACCCCAUUCGCAGGACCUACGACUGCAGUCCUAAAAACCACAAUUGCCGUAUCAUUUAAGCCAACUGUUGAACCAACAACAACAACUGCUGGAAGAAGAGCUACAACUGCAGGACCCGCAACAAAAACUGCAGGACCAAUAACGACCACUUCUGAACCAACAACCUCAAUUGCUGUAAAAAGUGCUACAACUGCAGGAACCUCAACAACUGCAGGACCAAAGACAACUGUUGAACCAAAAACAAUUGCAGGACCUACUACUUCUACUGCAAGACCAUUAAGUAAAAGUGUGGGACCCACAACAAAUGCAGCACCUACAACACCAACUGCAGAACAAACAACAAGUGAAGGACAUACCACUUCUUCUGCAGGACCAUUAACUACUACGGGGAGAUCCACAACAACUGAAGGACUCAAAACAAAAACUGCAGUACCAACAACGUCAACUUCUGAACCCAGAACUAAAAUUGCUGGAACAAGAGCUACAACGGAAGGAACAUCAACAACCGCAAUACCAACAACGACAACUAUUGAACCAAAAACAAUUGCAGGACCUGCCACUUCUACUGCAAGACUAUUAACUACUACUGCGGCAUCCACAGCAACAAAUGCAGUACGAACAAUGCCAACUUUGGAACCAACAACAACAACUGCUGGAACAAGAGCUACAACUGCAGGACACUCAACAAAAACUGCAGUACCAACAACGCCAACUGCAGAACCAGCAACAACAGAAGGACCCAGCACUGCUACUGCAGGACAAUUAACCACAACUGCAGGAAAAACCAUGCCAUCUGUUGAACAAACAAAACAAUCUCUGGGACCAAAAACUGCACUGCAAAAAAUAACAACUGCAGGACCUACCACGCCAACGGUAGAACCAAUAACAACUGCUGGAAGAAGAGCUACAGAGGCAGCACUCACAACAAAAACUGCAGGACCAAUAAUGACAACUACUGAACCAACAUCAAAAGAAAGACCUACCACUGCAACUGGAGAACCAUUAACUACUAUGUGGCGACCCAAACCAACUGCAGGAACAACAAAAAUUGCGGGACUAACAACUACAACUUCUGAAAAAACAACAGCAUCCGCAGUACCAACUACUGCAGUGCCAAACACAACAACUGCAGGAUCAAUAACAACUGCAGGACCAACAACGCCAACUGCAGAACCAGCAACAAAAGAAGAACCUACCAAUGCUACUGCAGGACCGUUAACCAAUACAGGGGGACCCACAACAACUGUAGAACUCACAACAAAAGCUGCAGGACCAACAACGACAACUUCUGAACCAACAACAACAAUUAAUGGAACAAGAGGUACAACUGCAGGAACAUCAACUACUGCAAAACCAACAACGACAACUUUUGAACCAAAAAAAACAACUGCUGGAACAAGAGCUUCAACUGCAGAACUGUCAUCAAAAACUGCCACAACUGCAGGAAACACAACAACAACUGCAGGAUCAACAACGCCAACUGUUGAACAAACAACACCAUCCGCAGGACCUACGACUGCAGUCCUAAAAACAACAAUUGCAGUAUCAUUUAAGCCAACUGUUGAACCAACAACAACAACUGCUGGAAGAAGACCUACAACUGCAGGACCCGCAACAAAAACUGCAGGACCAAUAACGACAACUUCUGAACCAACAACCUCAAUUGCUGUAAAAAGUGCUACAACUGCAGGAACCUCAACAACUGCAGGACCAAUGAGAACUGUUGAACCAAAAACUAUUGCAGGACCUACUACUUCUACUGCAAGACUAUUAACUAAAAGUGCGGAACUCACAACAACGCCUGCAGCACCUACAACACCAAAUGCAGAACCAACGACAAGAGAAGGACAUAUCACUUCUACUUCAGGACCAUUAACUACUACGGGGGGAACCACAACAACUGAAAGACUCACAACAAAAAGUGAAGGACCAACAACGACAACUUCUGAACAAAGAACUAUAAAGGUUGGAACAAGAGUUACAACUGCAGGAUCAACAAGAACUACAGGACCAACAACGCCAACUGGACCAACUACUGCAGUGCCAAAAACAACAAAUGCAGGAGUUAUAACAAUGGCCGGACCAACAACACCAAUUAUUGAACCAAAAACAACAAUUGCAGGAACAAUAGCUACAACUGCAGUACUCACAACAACUGCAGCACCAACACCACCAACUUCAGGAUCAACAACAAAAGAAGGACCUACCACUGCUACUGCAGGACCAUUAACUAAUACCGGGGGACCCAAAACAACUGCAGGACUAAAAACGACGACUUCUGAACCAAAAACUACAAUGAAUGGAACAAGUGCUACAACUACAGGAACAUCAACAACUGCAAAACCAUCGACUACAACUGUUGAGGCAAAAACAAUACCAGGACCUACCACUACUACUGCAAGACUAUUAACUAUUACUGUGGGAUUCACAACAGCAAAUGCAGUACGACCGAUGCCAACUGUGGAACCAAAAACAACAACUGCAGGAACAAGAGCUACAACUGAAGGACUCUCAACAAAAACUGCAGUACCAACAAUGCCAACUGCAGAACCAGCAACAACAGAGGGACCCAGCACUGCUACUGCAGGACAAUUAACCACAACUGCAGGACAAACCAUGCCAUCUGUUGAACAAACAAAACAAUCUGUGGGACCAAAAACUGCAGUGCAAAAAAUAACAACUGCAGGACUAAUAACGACAACUUCUGAACCAAUAACCUCAAUUGCUGUAACAAGUGCUACAACUGCAGGAACCUCAACAACUGCAGGACCAAAGACAACUGUUGAACCAAAAACAAUUGCAGGACCUACUACUUCUACUGCAAGACCAUUAAGUAAAAGUGUGGGACCCACAACAAAUGCAGCACCUACAACACCAACUGCAGAACAAACAACAAGUGAAGGACAUACCACUUCUUCUGCAGGACCAUUAACUACUACGGGGAGAUCCACAACAACUGAAGGACUCACAACAAAAACUGCAGUACCAACAACGUCAACUUCUGAACCCACAACUACAAUCGCUGGAACAAGAGCUACAACGGAAGGAACAUCAACAACCGCAAUACCAACAACGACAACUAUUGAACCAAAAACAAUUGCAGGACCUGCCACUACUACUGCAAGACUAUUAACUACUACUGCGGGAUCCACAUCUGCAAAUGCAGUACGAACAAUGCCAACUUUGGAACCAACAACAACAACUGCUGGAACAAGAGCUACAACUGCAGGACGCUCAACAAAAACUGCAGUACCAACAACGCCAACUGCAGAACCAGCAACAACAGAAGGACCCAGCACUGCUACUGCAGGACAAUUAACCACAACUGCAGGAAAAACCAUGCCAUCUGUUGAACAAACAAAACAAUCUCUGGGACCAAAAACUGCAGUGCAAAAAAUAAUAACUGCAGGACCUACCACGCCAACGGUUGAACCAAUAACAACUGCUGGAACAAGAGCUACAGAGACAGCACUCACAACAAAAAAUGCAGGACCAAUAAUGGCAACAACUGAACCAACAUCAAAAGAAAGACCUACGACUGCAACUGCAGAACCAUUAACUACUAUGUUGCGACCCAAAACAACUGCAGGAACAACAAUUGCAGGACUAACAACUACAACUUCUGAACAAAGAACAGCAUCCGCAGUACCAACUACUGCAGUGCCAAAAACAACAACUGCAGGAUCAGUAACAACUGCAGGACCAACAACCCCAACUGCAGAACAAGCAACAAAAGAAAGACCUACCAAUGCUACUGCAGGACCAUUAACUAAUACAGGGGGACCCACAACAACCGAAGGACUCGCAACAGCAACUGCAGUACCAACAACGCCAACUUCUGAACCAACAACAACAAUUAAUGGAACAAGAGUUACCACUUCUACUGCAAAUCUAUUAACUACUACUGCGGGACCCACAACAACAACACCAACUGCAGAACCAGCAACAAAAGAAGGACCUAGCAAAACUACUGCAGGACCAUUAACAUCUAUGUGGGGACCCAAAACAACACUAGGAACAACAACAACAAUUGCAGUGCCAAAAACAAAAACUGCUGGACCAACAACGCCAACUGUUGAACCAACAAAAAAAACUGCUGGAACAACAGUUACAACUGAAGGACUCACAACCAAAACUGCAGGACCAACGACAACUCCUGAACCAACAUCAAAAGGAAAUUCCACUGCUACUGCAGGACCCUUAACCAAUAUGGGGCGACCCACAACAACUGAAGGAAUAACAACAACUGCAGGACCAAGAAUGCCAACUGCCCAACAAACAACCCUAUCCGCAGGACCAACUACUGCAGUGCCAACAACAACAACGGCAGGAGAAAUAACAAUUGCUGGACCAACAACGCAAACUGUUGAAGCAACAAGAACAAUUGCUCGAACAGGAGCUACAACUGCAGUAUUCACAACAACAACUGAAGGACCAAAAACACCAACUGCAGAUCCAACAACAAAAGAAAGACGCAGCACUGCUACUGCAGGACCAUUAACUCCUACCUGGGGACCCAUAACAACUGCAGGAACAACAACGCCAACUGCUGAACAAACACCACCAUCCGCAGGACAAACUACUGCAGGGCCAAAAAUAACAACUGCAGGAGCAAUAAUGAGAACUUCUGAACCAACAACUACAAAUACUGGAACAAGAGCUACAACUACAGGAACAUCCACAACUGCAGGACCAACAACAACUGUUGAACCAACAACAAUUGCAGGACCUACCACUGCUACUGCAACAAUAUUAACUAAUAGUGCGGGACCCACAACAAAAACUGCAGGACCAACAACACCAACUGCAGAACCAACAUCAAAAGAAGGACAUACCACUGCUUCUGCAGGAGCAUUAACUAAUACGGGGGGACCAACAACAACUGAAGGAAGAAAAACAACUAGUGGACCAACAACGCCAACUGCCCAACAAACAACCCCAUCCGCAGGACCAAAUGUUGCAGUACCAAAAACAACAACUAGAGGAGGAAUAACAUUUGCCAGACCAAUAACGCCAACAAUUGAACCAACAAGAACAAUUGCUCGAACAAGAGUUACAACUGCAGUACUCACAACAACAAUUGAAGGACCAACCACACCAAUUGCAGAACCAAGAACCAAUGAAGGACCUACCCCUUCUACUGCAGAAAAAUUAACUAAUACAGGGGGAACCACAACAACUGAAGGACUUGUAUCAAAAACUGCAGGACCAUCAACAACAACUUCUGAACCCACAACUACAAUUGCUGGAACAAGAUGUACAACUCCAGGAACAUCAACAACUGCAGGACCAACAUCGACAAAUGCUGAACUAACAACAACUGCAGGAACAAGAGCUACAACUGAAGGACUCUCAACAAAAACUGCAGUACCAACAAUGCCAACUGCAAAAUCAGCAACAACAGAGGGACCCAGCACUGCUACUGCAGGACAAUUAACCACAACUGCAGGACAAACCAUGCCAUCUGUUGAACAAACAAAACAAUCUGUGGGACCAAAAACUGCAGUGCAAAAAAUAACAACUGAAGGACUAAUAACGACAACUUCUGAACCAAUAACCUCAAUUGCUGUAACAAGUGCUACAACUGCAGGAACCUCAACAACUGCAGGACCAACAACAACUGUUGAACCAACAACAAUUGCAGGACCUACCACUGCUACUGCAACAAUAUUAACUAAUAGUGCGGGACCCACAACAAAAACUGCAGGACCAACAACCCCAACUGCAGAACCAACAUCAAAAGAAGGACAUACCACUGCUUCUGCAGGAGCAUUAACUAAUAUGGGGGGACCAACAACAACUGAAGGAAGAAAAACAACUAGUGGACCAACAACGCCAACUGCCCAACAAACAACCCCAUCCGCAGGACCAAAUGUUGCAGUACCAAAAACAACAACUAGAGGAGGAAUAACAUUUGCCGGACCAAUAACGCCAACAAUUGAACCAACAAGAACAAUUGCUCGAACAAGAGUUACAUCUGCAGUACUCACAACAACAAUUGAAGGACCAACAACACCAAUUGCAGAACCAAGAACCAAUGAAGGACCUACCCCUUCUACUGCAGAAAAAUUAACUAAUACAGGGGGAACCACAACAACUGAAGGACUUACAUCAAAAACUGCAGGACCAUCAACAACAACUUCUGAACCCACAACUACAAUGGCUGGAACAAGAUGUACAACUCCAGGAACAUCAACAACUGCAGGACCAACAUCGACAAAUGCUGAACUAACAACAACUGCAGGAACAUUUAGUACUACAGCGAGACCAAUAACAAUAACUGCCAGACCAACAUCGAAAACUUCUGGGUCAGCAACAACAGAUGCAGGACCGACAACAGCAACUCCGAAACAAACCACUAUGACGCCAAAUCCUGAACCACUAACAAUUCAUGGAUCAAGAGCUACAACUGCAGGACUUACAACAGCAACUGCAGGAACAUCAACCGCUGGAGGACCAACAACAACGACUGUUGAACCAUCAACAACUGCGGAACAGACCACUGGCUCUACAGGCCCAUUAACUUCUAAAGGGGGACCCACAACAAUAACUGUAUUACCAACAUCAAAAACUGCAGGACCAACAACGCCAACUACAGAACCAACAACAACAGAAGGACCCAGCACUGCUACUGCAGGACAAUUAACCGCAACUGCAGGACAAACCACGCCAUCUAUUGAACAAACAAAACAAUCUGUUGAACCAAAAACUGCAGUGCAAAAAAUAACAGCAGCAGGACCUACCACGCCAAAGGUUGAACAAACAACAACUGCUGGUAUAAGAGCUACAGAGGCAGCACUCACAAUAAAAACUGCAGGAUCAAUAAUGACAACUACUGAACCAACAUCAAAAGAAAGACCUACCACUGCAACCGCAGAACCAUUAACUACUAUGUCUCAACCCAAAACAACUGCAGGAACAACAAAAAUUGCAGGACUAACAACUACAACUUCUGAACAAACAACAGCAUCCGCAGAACCAACUACUGCAGUGCCAAAAACAACAACUGCAGGGUCUAUAAAAACUGCAGGACCAAAAACGCCAACUACAGAACCAGCAACAAAAGAAGGACCUACCAAUGCUACUGCAGGACCAUUAUCUAAUACGGGGGGACCCACAACACCUGUCGGACUCACAACAAAAACUGCAGGACCAACAACAACAAUUAAUGGAACAAGAGCUACAACUGCAGGAACAUCAACAACUGCAAAAUCAACAACGACAACUGUUGAACCUAAAACAACAACUGCUGGAACAAGAGCUUCAACUGCAGGACCAAUAUCGACAACUGCUUUACCAACAAAAACUGCAGGACCAGCAACAACAACAUUAACUGCUACCGCGGGAUCCAAAACAAAGACUGCAGGACCAACAAUGCCAACUGCUGAACCAACAACAAUUGCUGGACCAAGAGCUUCAACUGCAGAACUAAUAUCGACAACUGCUUUACCAACAACAACAACAACCGCAGGACCAACAACAACAACAUUAACUACUACCACGGGAUCCACAACAACAACUGCAGGACGAGCAACAACCAUUGCGGGACCUACAACGCCAAAUCCUGAACCAACAACAAUUCAUGGAUCAGGGGCUACAACCGCAGAACCCAGAACAGCAACGGCAGGAUCAUUGGCAACCCAAGUGUCUUCAACGACAACUGCUGUACCAACAACGUCAAAUGGUGAUCCAACAACAACAAUUGAUAGACCAAGAGAAACAACUGCAGGACAAUCAAUAACAACUAGAAGAUCAAAACCUGAAGGACCAACAAACACUGCAGGACUAACAUCGACCACUUCUCCAUCAACAACAACAAAAACAACCACUAUAGGAAGAACAACAACUGCAGGACCAAGAGCUACAACUGCAGGACACACAAAAACAACAACUGUAAGAUCAUCAUCAACUGCAGUAUCAACACUGACAACUCCUGAUCCAAACACAACAAUUGCUGGUCCAAGAGCUACUACCACAGGACCCACAACAACAACUGCAGGACCAACAACGACAAGUUCUGAAGUAACAACAACUCCAGGACCUACAACGUCUAUUGCAGAACCAUUAACUACUAUUCUGAGAAACACAGAAUCAACUGCAGGGCCAACAACUAAUGUAGCAGGAUCUACAACAAUGACCACAGCGGAACCCAAUACAAUAACCGCAGGACCAACAAUAACAACUACAGGGCCAACAAUUACUACAGCAGGACCCACAACUACAAUGGGAGGACCAGCAACAACAAAUACAGUGUCAACAACCGCAGGACCAACAACAACAACAAAAAUGAGUUCCAAUGUCGGACCCACUUCUGCUACAACAACAAGAACAGCUGGAACAACAAGCACAAUAAUGACAUCAGUAUCUUCAGCUACCACUAGAAGGUUUACACCUAGCCAAUUAGGACUCAUAUCUACAACUGAAGGAUCUACUGCUAUCAGAGUAGGGCCCACAUCUAUGUUGAGGACCACAUUUUCCACAACUACUAUAGUUGGACAAACAAGUCAGGCUAUAGCUCCCACAACUUCCUCUCCGACAGUCAGAAGUACUGUAACAGAAACUACCAUCCCCUCAGAGCCUACUGAGCCCUCUACAGAAAAUGAAGGGACGAUUGAUUUGAGAUUCAGCAUGAGACGUACGUUUACAGAAGACUACUUAGAUCCAAGCUCGACUGCCUAUCAGGUGCUGGCUGCUAAUGUUACAACAGAGGUUAAUAAUGGCUUCAAACCAAGUUUUCCUGGAACAUAUUCCAGGAGUACAAUCAAUUAUUUUGCUAAGGGAUCAGUCUUUGUGGAAAUGUUGCUGAUCUUCAACAAAGAAUCUGCUGUUCCCACUAAAAGCCGUGCAGUGCAGGUGUUGAAGGACGCAAUAAAACAUCAUAUCACUUUCCUUGAUGUGGACACUACUACUAUUGCUGCAGGACCAACCUCAGUAGGACCAACUACAAUAACCUCAGGACAAGCAACCACUGCAGGACCCACUUCUACUCAAGGGCAAAGUACAACUGCAGGACCAACAUCGAGUGACGCUACCACCUCAGGAGGACCAACUCUGAAAAUGACCAUCAGAACUGCUGUUUGUUUAGCCUUCUUCUUUAUGUUUAUCAAAGGUCUGCUCUAAAAUAUGUAGAACCUUGAUGUAAACCAGUGUACCAAAAUGAAUAAACGUAAUCAAAUUUA